GCGGCCGCGCCGCCCCCCGCGCUCCCGGUGCCGCUCCGCUCCGGUGCCGCUCCGCUGCCGGCCCCAGCCCGCUCCCGUCCCGCUCCGCUCCGGCCCGGCCGCACCAUGAGGGAGAUCGUCCACAUCCAGGCGGGGCAAUGCGGCAACCAGAUCGGCGCCAAGUUCUGGGAGGUGAUCAGCGACGAGCACGGCAUCGACCCCAGCGGCAACUACGUGGGGGACUCGGACCUGCAGCUUGAGCGCAUCAGUGUCUACUACAAUGAGGCCUCUUCUCACAAGUACGUGCCUCGCGCCAUCCUGGUGGACCUGGAGCCGGGCACGAUGGACAGCGUGCGCUCGGGUGCCUUCGGCCACCUCUUCCGCCCCGACAACUUCAUCUUCGGGCAGAGCGGUGCCGGGAACAACUGGGCCAAGGGGCACUACACGGAGGGGGCCGAGCUGGUGGACUCGGUGCUGGACGUGGUGCGGAAGGAGUGUGAGAACUGCGACUGCCUGCAGGGCUUCCAGCUGACCCACUCGCUGGGCGGGGGCACCGGCUCGGGCAUGGGCACGCUGCUGAUCAGCAAGGUGCGGGAGGAGUACCCCGACCGCAUCAUGAACACCUUCAGCGUGGUGCCGUCGCCCAAGGUGUCGGACACGGUGGUGGAGCCCUACAACGCCACGCUGUCCAUCCACCAGCUGGUGGAGAACACAGACGAGACCUACUGCAUCGACAACGAGGCGCUCUACGACAUCUGCUUCCGCACCCUCAAGCUGGCCACCCCCACCUACGGCGACCUCAACCACCUGGUGUCGGCCACCAUGAGCGGCGUCACCACCUCGCUGCGCUUCCCCGGGCAGCUCAACGCCGACCUGCGCAAGCUGGCCGUCAACAUGGUGCCCUUCCCGCGGCUGCACUUCUUCAUGCCCGGCUUCGCGCCGCUGACGGCGCGCGGCAGCCAGCAGUACCGCGCCCUCACCGUGCCCGAGCUCACCCAGCAGAUGUUCGACGCCAAGAACAUGAUGGCAGCCUGCGACCCCCGCCACGGCCGCUACCUCACCGUGGCCACUGUCUUCCGUGGCCGCAUGUCCAUGAAGGAGGUGGACGAGCAGAUGCUGGCCAUCCAGAGCAAGAACAGCUCCUACUUCGUGGAGUGGAUCCCCAACAACGUCAAGGUGGCCGUGUGCGACAUCCCGCCGCGGGGGCUGAAGAUGUCCUCCACCUUCAUCGGCAACAGCACGGCCAUCCAGGAGCUCUUCAAGCGCAUCUCGGAGCAGUUCACGGCCAUGUUCCGCCGCAAGGCCUUCCUGCACUGGUACACGGGCGAGGGCAUGGACGAGAUGGAGUUCACCGAGGCCGAGAGCAACAUGAACGACCUGGUGUCCGAGUACCAGCAGUACCAGGACGCCACGGCCGAGGAGGAGGGCGAGAUGUACGAGGACGACGAGGAGGAGUCGGAGGCGCAGGGCGCCAAGUGACGCCCGCCGCCCCCGGCGCCGCCCGCGCCCCCCGGCUUCGCGCUGCUGCAGCCCCAGGUGCUGCUCCCCCGCCAUCCCCUCGGUGUCUCCUGACCCCUUCCCCCCCUGAGCCGGCUCGGCCCCUCGCCCCCCUUCCUACCUCCCCCCUUUUCGUUUUUUACUGGUUUGUGUCUUAUUAUUUUUUUUGAAUACUUAAUAAAUUUAUUGCUGUCCAGGUA